CGAGCAGUCACCAGCAGGGCACGGCGGCACUCCCUGCCCACACAGCGAUUAAUGCUACAAGACACCCUCACCAUCCUCGGAAUCUGCCGCGGCUGCAUUCAAUACACCUUCCCAAAAACAAGAACUGUCAAUGCAUUCCAGUCCUGCCCAGAUCCACCCCAUCAAACCAUCAGUUCCAGUUCCAGCUCGUCCAGUCCAGUCCAGCACACCACAGCACCGCCGUUUCUACUCGCCUCCAACAGCGUUCCGGAACGCCGGAGCACGGCAGCUCUUGCCCUCCACCGUCUACCGAGCACGAGCAGAGCGCGGUGCCUCGCCUUUUUGCUUUGGACGCUUGUGAUUAGCAGCCAGUAGAGUGAUUAGCAAGGCAGCAAAUCAACACGCCUCAUAAAAACCAGGUGUAAAGCGGGUGUUUUCGAAUUCGCAAUCUUUUCCUGAUCCUCCGCAAGCUCACAAAUCCCCCGCUUGUCCUGUUCCGCUUGCGCCCGCACCGCCGCCGCCGCUGGCUGGGCACCGAGAGAGGCCCAGCCAUAUAAAGGAGAUAAGAAUAAGCGCAAGGCAGAGAGCACAGGCAGAGGAGGAAGCGAGGAAAAAGGGGGCAUAAAAAGCAGUCCAGUCGGAGAAGCGGAAGUUCGCGUGUCGUUGCUGAUCCAAUGGGAGAGACGAACGAGCAGCCGCCGCCGCCGCCGCCGGUCGCCGCGCCGCCGCCCAUGAUGGCCAUGAUGGUGCCGCCCGUCGGCGCGGGCGCCAUCCACCCGCCCCACGAGCAGUUCCACCACCUCAACUACUGCGUCCACUCGAAUCCGUCCUGGGUUCAGGUGGCAGCACUUGCAUUCCUUCACUAUCUUGUGAUGUUGGGUUCUACCGUCAUGCUUGCAUCAGUUAUUGUUCCUGCAAUGGGUGGUAACGCUGGUGACAAGGCUCGAGUCAUUCAAUCGUUGCUCUUUAUGAGUGGCAUAAAUACACUGAUUCAAACACUUAUUGGAACGAGACUUCCAACAGUUAUGAAUGCCUCUUUUGCAUUUGUUGUCCCAGUGCUCUCAAUAGCAAGAGAGAUCGAGUCAAAUAAUGACUUGCUGAAUGAUCACGAGAGAUUUAAACACACAAUGAGAACAGCACAAGGAGCUCUGAUUGUGGCUUCCAUCCUCAACAUGAUUCUUGGGUUCAGCACGAUAUGGGCAGCAUAUGCCAAGAAGUUCAGCCCUGUAAUAAUGACCCCUGUUGUUUGUGUUGUUGGUCUUGGACUAUUCGAAAUUGGCUUUCCCCAGGUUGGGAAAUGUGUGGAGAUUGGGCUUCCAAUGCUAAUUCUUGCGGUGCUUGUGCAACAGUAUGUGCCAAAUUACUUCGGUUAUAUCCAUCCACGGGUCACCUUCUUGUUUGAGAGGUAUUCGUUGCUUCUUUGUAUCGGCAUUGUGUGGGCCUUUGCAGCCAUUCUUACUGCUGCGGGUGCAUACGACCAUGUUUCACUUAAGACACAGCAGCACUGCCGCACUGAUAAGUCUCGACUCAUCUCAUCGGCACCAUGGGUUAAAGUUCCAUUGCCAUUCCAAUGGGGUCCUCCAAUCUUCACUGCUGGUCAUUCAUUUGGGAUGAUGGGUGCUGUACUUGUUGCAGCCUUUGAGUCAACUGGAGCACACUUUGCUACUGCUCGUCUAGCGGGUGCUACACCACCUCCAGCUCAUGUCCUUAGUCGGAGCGUUGGCUUGCAGGGUAUUGGAAUGUUCCUGGGGGGGAUCUUUAGUUGUCCGACAGGCUCAUCUGUAUCAGUUGAAAAUAUUGGCCUCCUUGGUCUGACCAAAGUCGGAAGUAGGAGAGUCGUCCAGAUAUCAACUGGGUUUAUGAUCUUCUUCUCCCUAUUUGGUAAGUUUGGUGCCUUCUUUGCAUCAAUUCCAUUGCCAAUCUUUGCAGCAAUUUACUGCAUCUUGUUUGGCAUUGUAGCUGCUGUGGGAGUCUCCUUCAUGCAGUUUGCCAACAAAAACUCCAUGAGGAACAUCUAUAUCAUUGGACUCUCAUUGUUCCUUGGCAUCUCAAUCCCUCAAUACUUCAAUGAAUACACUUCUUCAGCUGACGGCCGUGGACCUGCCCGGACAAACGCUGGAUGGUUCAACGACAUCAUAAACACCGUGUUUGCUUCCGGCCCGACGGUGGCGCUAAUUGUUGCUUCUGUCCUGGAUAACACAUUGGAGUUCAGGGGCUACGAGUCCGACCGGGGGCUCUCAUGGUUUCAGCCAUUCCUGCGUCGCCAUAAAGGAUACUCGGACCCCAGGAACGAGGAGUUCUAUAGCUUCCCAAUCAGGGUUCAUGACUUCAUCCCAAGCCGAUUUCUCUGACUUCAGAUGACUGCUGUUACCCGCAGCAGUGCAUGUAAAUCCCCGUGCUCUUGUUAGGCUUACUCCUGUGACUUGUAGCGGUUGGUUCUAGGGGGAUAUGGGUAAAAGAAUGUUUAGGGCAUUUGCUUUGUUUGACUCUUUUGGGCUGAGAAAUGGUUAUACAUGAUAAUGUAGAGAGCUCUGUGCCAGAUACAUGGUUUUGGGAAGGAUUACAGAAGAAUAGCACCUUACAUGU